AGAGUUAUGACUACAUAACGUUAUCUUUAUCGAAAGUUUAUUUCAUAUUUAUUCACAUUCUUCUAUCAAUGUUGCAUUAUUGGUUGACUUUUUUAUAUCUGUUUACUGCCUUUUCUUGCAUCUAUUUGCUUAUCAUUUAAUUGUAUACCAUUGUCAUUGGUUAAUAUUAUUUUUAGGAAAUAUAUAUAAAAAAAGACACAUUAAAAUUUUGAUUCAAUAGCUUAUUUUAAUGGUUCUGUGUAAAAAAGUAUAAUACAAUAAUUACGUAAUAUUAAAGAUGGGGCAGAUACAUACUGUUGGACCCAACAAAGCUCUUAUAGUUUCUGGUGGCUUUUGUGGAUCAACCAAGAAAAUUACAGUUGUUGGUGGUUGGGCGUGGGCCUGGUGGCUCAUAACAGAUGUUCAAUAUUUAUCUCUUGAGGUUAUGACUUUAAAUCCAAUAUGUGAGACUGUUGAAACUGUUCAUGGAGUUCCUUUAACAGUAACAGGGGUAGCUCAGUGUAAAAUAAUGAAAGCUGAUGAACUUUUACAAACAGCAUCUGAACAAUUUCUUGGUCGAUCUACAAUUGAGAUCAAGCAAACUGUGCUUCAAACUCUAGAAGGUCAUUUAAGAGCUAUUUUAGGUACUUUAACUGUUGAGGAAGUUUAUAAAGAUAGAGAUCAAUUUGCUUCUCUUGUAAGAGAAGUUGCUGCACCAGAUGUUGGUCGUAUGGGCAUUGAAAUAUUAUCAUUUACAAUUAAAGAUGUUUUUGAUAAUGUUCAGUAUUUAACUUCACUGGGAAAAUCGCAAACAGCAGCAGUAAAAAGAGAUGCAGAUAUUGGUGUUGCACAAGCCAAUCGAGAUGCAGGUAUUAGAGAAGCUGAAUGUGAAAAAUUGGCUAUGGAUGUAAAGUAUGGAACUGAUACAAAGAUUGAAGAUAAUUCAAGAAUGUUUAAACUCCAAAAAGCUAACUAUGAUAUGGAAGUGAAUACUGUUAAAGCUGAAGCUCAGUUAGCCUAUGAAUUACAAGCUGCCAAAAUAAGACAAAAAAUUAGAAAUGAAGAAAUUCAAAUUGAAGUUGUUGAGCGAAAAAAACAAAUUGAAAUUGAAGCACAGGAAGUUGAACGUAGAGAAAGGGAACUGAAUGCCACUGUCAGGUUGCCUGCUGAAGCAGAGAGUUAUCGUGUUCAAGCAAUUGCUGAAGGAAAGAGAACUCAAGUUGUUGAAGUUGCAACUGCUGAUGGUGAACGAAUCAAGAAAAUUGGCUUGGCUGAAGCUUCUGCUAUAGAAGCAGUUGGUAGAGCUGAAGCUCAAGGGAUGAUGUUGAAGGCAAACGUGUUUAAAAAUUAUGAAGAAGCAGCUGUUAUGUCAUUAAUUAUGGAUGCAUUACCAAAAAUUGCAGCUGAAAUUGUAGCACCUUUAUCUAAAACUGAAGAGAUAGUGUUGUUGAGUGGGAAUAAUAAUAUAACAUCUGAAGUGAAUCGAUUUGUUGGACAAUUACCUCCAGCUGUUCAAGCUUUGACUGGUGUUGAUUUAUCUAAAGUAUUAUCAAAGAUUCCUGGGGCCAAAUAAGUGGUUAUUUAUCCACGUAUAAUUUGUAUUAAAUUCUUUAUUUUUUAACUAUAUUUUAUGAUGAUCAAAAACUUGUAUAAAUCUGUCAAGUUAAUUAUUCCAAUAUCAUUGUUUGCAAUUAUUUUGUAUUAGAUAGUCAUUCAUUUUAAUAAUUUUGUAAUUUUAUGGGGUAACAUUAUAGUAAA